UAUUUGAGUCUUGGGGACUCGACUCUCUUCUUGUUCUUUAUUUUGGGUUGUUUUCUUGAGCAACACUCUCUCUCUCUCUCUCUGCGCUCGCUGUCUUCUCUCUCCGUCGACUGUCAACUAUACUCUACUUGCUUAGCUUCAAUGGCUUCCGCAAUGGUGGAAGAUCCACAGGAAGACCAGCUCGCGAAUCUCACCACAGAAGACAUCGUUAGGGCUACUCGCAUCCUCGAUAACGAGAUUCGCAUUAUAAAGGAGGAUGUGCAGAGGACAACUUUAGAAUUGGAUUCAUAUAAGGAGAAAACUAAGGAGAAUCAAGAGAAAAUUAAGCUUAAUAAGCAGCUUCCUUACCUUGUCGGCAAUAUUGUUGAAAUUUUGGAAAUGAAUCCAGAAGAUGAAGCUGAAGAAGAUGGUGCUAAUAUUGAUCUUGACUCUCAAAGAAAAGGGAAGUGUGUUGUGCUCAAAACAUCGACCAGACAGACCAUAUUUCUGCCUGUUGUUGGACUUGUUGAUCCUGAUGAGCUGAAGCCCGGGGAUUUAGUUGGGGUUAACAAAGAUAGUUAUUUGAUCCUGGACACACUGCCAUCCGAAUAUGAUUCUCGAGUAAAGGCUAUGGAGGUUGACGAGAAACCAACUGAGGAUUACAGUGAUAUUGGAGGCCUAGAAAAACAGAUUCAAGAGCUUGUUGAAGCUAUUGUUUUGCCAAUGACGCACAAAGAACGAUUCCAGACAAUAGGUAUACGUCCACCUAAAGGAGUUCUUCUUUAUGGUCCUCCUGGAACUGGGAAAACUCUCAUGGCACGAGCAUGUGCAGCGCAAACAAAUGCCACUUUUCUGAAGUUAGCUGGCCCUCAGCUUGUCCAGAUGUUCAUUGGUGAUGGAGCAAAGCUUGUACGUGAUGCUUUUCAACUUGCAAAAGAGAAGGCGCCCUGCAUCAUAUUUAUUGAUGAAAUUGAUGCCAUUGGAACCAAGCGAUUUGACAGUGAAGUGAGCGGUGACAGGGAAGUGCAACGAACAAUGUUGGAGUUGUUAAAUCAGCUUGAUGGUUUUAGUAGCGAUGAUAGGAUUAAGGUCAUUGCAGCUACCAACAGGGCAGAUAUUCUGGAUCCUGCCCUCAUGCGUUCUGGUCGAUUGGACCGUAAAAUUGAAUUUCCUCACCCUUCUGAAGAGGCUAGAGCUCGAAUUUUGCAGAUUCAUUCAAGAAAGAUGAAUGUUCACCCAGAUGUGAACUUUGAGGAAUUAGCUCGGUCAACAGAUGAUUUCAAUGGUGCACAACUGAAGGCUGUCUGUGUAGAGGCGGGCAUGUUGGCUCUUCGCCGAGAUGCCACUGAGGUGAACCAUGAGGACUUCAAUGAAGGCAUUAUUCAAGUUCAAGCUAAGAAGAAAGCAAGCUUGAACUAUUAUGCUUAGUAAUCUUUUUCUUCUGUGUUUUGAAAUUUUAGUUGUUUUGCAAAUAGGUUUUUGUUGGCAGCGUUAAGGUUGUGCCUGGAUAGAUGAUAAAUCUGCGCUCUUUGAUAAUUCACUUGCGCGAUUUCUUGCAUUAUACGUAAAAGGUUUAAUAUUAAGUA